AUGGCAGAUAUCGUCAGGCUCCUCUUCAGAGGCUACAGACGCCUGAGGAAAACACAUGGACGUGUAAAGAAACAGGAGAACUGGUGUCUCCCUCUGGCGAAGCUUUUAUGCUCCAACGUUAAAAAAGACGAGCACAGAGAAGACGUUCUUAACCUGGGAACAGAGUUCGUCUCCAGAAGAAGAUGGUUCUAUGCAGCACAUAUCUGCUAUGUGAUUGGUCAGAUGGAGCUGAGAUUACAGCAAAGAUUUAAACUGAUUGGAUGUAACAGUUGCCCAGACAGUGACUCCGCCCUGAUCAAGGCGUUGGAGACAGUCGAGGUCCAUGAGUUCGUCCUGUCUCUGACCUCAGGACUCGGACAGCCAGACCACCAGUUCUGUGAGCUGCUGCUCCGAGGGGAAGCAGAGAAACCCGAGUGGCUCAAACUUCACCGAGAGAAAGCACCUCGCACUCCCCCCGCGGCUAAACCGCUGCACGCCGGCGCAUCAUGGACUCAGAUCUCAAAACAGGAGUUCCUGUCUCACUACACUGUUGGAACUCUGCUGGGGAGCGGAUCCUUCGGCUCUGUCUAUGAUGGAACGCGGAAAGCAGACGGGAAGCGGGUUGCCGUGAAGUAUACCUUUAAAAAGACUCGCUUCGUCACCAUCCCCGGCGAGGCGCGCAGGCUGCCUGUGGAGGUGGCGCUAAUGGAGAUGGUGUCCAGACCUCCUCGCUGUGAGUAUGUGGUGAAGUUGCUGGAGUGGUUUGAGACGCACAGUUCGUUCGUCUUGGUGAUGGAGCGCCCCUUCCCCUGCACAGACCUUUUAAAUUUCCGUAAACUUCACAAAGGUCGAUUACCCGAACCGGUGGCUCAGACGGUCACGGGGCAGUUGGUUCGAGCCGCUCGUCACUGCUGUAAUUGUGGAGUUAUUCACCGAGACAUCAAGUCUGAGAAUGUUCUCGUCAAUCUUCUGACGAUGGAGGUGAAGCUGAUAGACUUCGGCUGUGGAGAUUUGCUGAAGGCCGAGCCCUACUCAGAGAACGCGGGGACUCCAGUUUUCUGGCCUCCUGAGUGGUUGCUCCACCAAACGUAUUCCGCUGUCCCUGCCAGCGUCUGGAGUCUGGGUGUUCUUCUGUUCCAGAUGCUCAGUGGAGACCUGCCCUUUAAAGAAGACGAGGACAUUGUCGACUCCUACGUGCCGUUCAUUCCUGGUCUGUCUCAAGAUUGCUACAACCUGUUAAUGUGGUGCCUGGAUCUAAUCCCAGAUGAUCGGCCGGCGUUCGAGGAAAUCCUGAGCCACGACUGGCUAAAAAGGUCAGGGUGAGAGAGUUAGAAUAAAACAGAGCUCGUUACACCGAGCUGAGACACGCUGCAGUCGUCUACAGGACAGAGAGUGAACUGCGUCAGUACUGAGUGCUCUCAGAGACAUCGCUGUACUGUUAAAGUCAUAUUAGGAACAUUUCAUUAUAAUAAAAAGAGUUUAAAGUAAGAAAAUGUUGAUCAGUUUGCACCAGGCUCCUGAGCGUCUGUCUGUCUGUCCUCGGUCUGAGCUGGUCCUCCAGCUGUUAAAGAUGAAUAUAAUCUGAUCUCACACAGAAGAGUCUGGUUCCUCUCGAGGUUUCCUCCUCAAUGUCGCCUAGGGGAGAUUUUUAAUUAUAAAAAUUUAAUUAUAAUAAGAUUCUGUUGCUGUAAGCAAGUAGGGAUAACUGCAGGCUGGAGCAAUAGGCGUGUCGAAAGGUUUCUCAUUGGUGAAAGGAGCUUCUGCGUUGGCCAAUCAGCCGUAAUCCUAUUUAUAUGUAAGUACCUUUAGUUUGGCGUGGAAGAAC